CGAACGCAAAGCACCCUCUUUUCUUCUCUCCUCUUCCCACUGUGGAUAGAAGAUUUGGAUGGAGACUGCAAGCCUCGCGAACUAUAGGUACAUGGGCCGCUCCUUCAGCGACGGCGGUGACUCCUCCGGCGCCUUCAGCGACUGCAACAGCGACCGCUCCGGCGAGUUCCCCUCCUCCGCCGGCUCCGCCCCCAACGGCGGCGCUGCCCUCCACCGCCUCCUCAUGUCCUGCGCCACCGACUACUCCGACGAGGUCGUACGCGGCCUCAUCUCCGAUUUAGAGUCCCCCUCCGCCCCCGUCGAAACCCAGCUCCACGCGGCCAUGAUGCUCCGCCUCCUGGCCAAGCACAACCCGGAGAACCGCCUCAAGAUCGCCCGCGCCGGCGCCGUCCGUCCCCUCGUCGCCCUCCUCUCCCACCCGGAUCCCCAUCUUCAGGAGCACGGCGUCACCGCGAUCCUCAACCUCUGCCUCUGCGACGAGAACAAGGACCCCAUCGCCGCCGCCGGCGCCAUCCGGCCCCUCGUCCGUGCCCUCAGGACCGGCACCCCCGCCGCCCGCGAGAACGCCGCCAUCGCCCUCCUCCGCCUCUCCGAUGUGGAGGAGCACAAGAUUGCCAUCGGCCGCUCCGGCGCGAUCCCCCAUCUCGUCCACCUCCUCGAGACCGGGGGCCCGCGCGGGAAGAAGGACGCCUCGACGGCGCUCUACUCGCUGUGCACCACCCGGGAGAACAAGAACCGGGCCGUCAAGGAGGGGGUCAUGCGGCCGCUUCUGGAGCUGAUGGCGGAUCCGGAGUCCGGGAUGGUGGACAAGGCGGCGUACGUGCUGAACUCCCUGGUGGCGGUGGCGGAGGGGCGGGCGGCGGCGGUGGAGGAGGGGGGGAUCCCGGUGCUCGUGGAGAUGGUCGAAGUCGGCACCCAGCGCCAGAAGGAGAUCGCGACGCUGGCGCUUCGCCAGAUCUGCGAGGAAAGCGUCGCCUACCGGGCGAUGGUCUCCCGCGAGGGCGCCAUCCCGCCCCUCGUCGCCCUCUCCCAGUCCGGCACCACCCGAGCCAAAAACAAAGCGGAGGAGCUGAUCGAGCUGUUACGGCAGCCGAGAACGGCCGCGCGGGGGAGGGAGGCGGACUAGGGAUGAGUGGGGGGCCGGCGGCUCGGCGUGGUGCCACGUGGCGGUCUGUCAGGGUGGGAAUGAUGGGUCGUUAUUACUUUUUUUUUUUUUUUGGUAGAAUGGGUCGUUUUUUUGGGAUGUAAAUAUGUAACUGAGAGUGAGUGUACAUUUCCUUGGGCGCUGAAAGGGCUUUCCUUCUCUUACUACCUUUCUUCUUUUGUUUUAUUUUAUCUUGUACAAUUCUGAAGAAGGGAAGUAAAAAAAAAAAAAAUACUCAAGUAGGGUGAGGUGAGGUUUGGUGUAUGGAUUAUAAUUUCAGUUCACACCAUGGCAUUGUUGUGAUGUUGUUUUCACAU